GACCGCCACGUUGGAAAAGUACAGUCGGCAUUUCCCUACUAGGUUCUCGGCUUCCCUCGUACGUCGCUCCUUUGCAUCUUCGUAGCAGCAGUCACUGGGCAGCGGCGCCGGCAUGAACAGCGCGGCCGCGGGCGCCGCGGCCGGCAGCAGCAGCAGCAGCGCCGCGGCGGGCUCGGCGCCAGCGGACGACGUGCCCUGCUUCGAGUGGCUGUGGCUCAACCCGCAGUUUUCGGACUUCACACUGGAGGUGCGGCUGCACCCGCACCUGCAGCCGCAGCAUCAGCAUCAGCUGGCGGAGGAGCAGGAGAACGGGGAGCAAGAGCAGGAGGAUGAUGAUGACAUCAGCUCUGUCGAUAUGAGUGAAGAAGCGGUGGAGCCAGAGGCAGCUGCUACUGCCGCAACGCAGCAGCAGCAGCCGCUGGCGGCGGCUGACAGCGGUGGUGGCAGCAGUAGCAUGGUCAGCCUGACGGCGCCUAGCCCUGUGCGCCGUGCUUGCACGCCUGGAGGCACUGGCAGCGGUGCCGGCGGCAUUCAUGAUGACAGCGCUGCUGGACCGGGCUUAGCAGCAGUGGGCAAUGCGGCGGCGGCCUAUGCGGCGGCCUAUGCGGAGGCCAAUGCGCGCGGCGGCGCCGCCGCCGGUAGUGGUGGAGGCGGCGGCGCCGGUAGUGGUGGAGGCGGCGGCGCCAGGCACGCGACGCUGCAGUCUAGGGGGCAGCGCAGUGGCCAGCAGCCGUCAGGGUCAGUGCCAAGGGGCACAACGGCUGCAGAGCAGCCGCCGGCAGAGGGAGCCCAGAACGAGCCGCGCCAACAGGCAACACGGCCGCCUGCUGAUGAGAGGCAGCAGCAGCUGCAGCAGCCGGCCCAGCAGCCACCACAGCUGCAGCAGGCAGCUGGGCAGCAGCUGCCAAAGGCGCAGGCAUUGGCGCACGCGCAGGCUCACGCGCAGGCUGUCGCAGAGGCUGCACAAGCACAGGCUCGCCGCCCGCAUGCCACUGGGCAGCGCCAUCCCGCCGGCAGUUCCACUCUCUCAGCCAUGGGUGCUGCCGCAGCGGCCGCAGACACCGCUGUCGGCGACGCCGUAGGCUAUGCCGCUAGCACUUCGGAUGCUGCCGGACGUUCAGAAGCAGGACCGGCAGCAGCAGACCGCGGUGGCGACGGCUUUAGAGGUGGAGGUGACGAACGCUGUGGCAGCACUGGCAGAAAUGGUAGCAGGGCCGUCAGAGCUGGCGGGAGCAGUAGCUGGCCGCGACCGCCCGCACACGGCAGUAGCAGCCGGGCGGGAGGCAGUAGCAGAGUCGGCAGCAGUAGCAGCACAGCUGGCAGCGCUGGCGGCGCUGGGCCGGGCAUGGCUGCGCUGGCAGCCGCAGUAGCAGCCGCUACAGCGGCCGGCAGUAGCAGCGGUCACCAGGCGCAAGCGCACCACCAGCACCUCCGCCCCUUCCACCAUCACCGCCACCACCAGGAUCAACAGCAGGAGCCGCUUGAUGCAGGGGCCGGCUGCGCCGGCGAAGGAGGGGAUCACGGGGAGCGCGGCACAGGCGGCGCUACCUCGCACCAACUGCCGCCCGCCGCCAUGUCACCGGAUGCUGCAUCCCCGGCCGACACCUUCCUAGACCGCGACCAGCGCGCAACGGCCACGUCGCCGCCUGCCGGAGGCACUGGCAUCGCCACCGGGAACGGCAGUAGCACCCGAAGCGCAGGGCCGGGAACCGGCAGUAGCAGCCGCGCCAGCCCGAUACGUGCUACAGCACCGGAUGUGGACCGGGCUCUCUGGCCCGCGGGUCCUGAGACAUCGUUGGAGCCGGCGUUGUCAACCUGCGGCGAUGCAGCACGCCCCCAGUUGGCUGAAGCGCUCACGCAGCCAGAACGCUCCCACCCCCAGCCGCCUCCCCAUCGCCACCACCGCCCUGGAGAGGCCGAGAGCUGCGCCAGUCGCGAGCCGGAGGCAGAGGAAGUGGCGGAGGCGAUGGCGGGGGCUGUGGCGGCGCUGCCGACGGAGGCGAUCGGCCCAGGCGGCUGGCGCCAUCCUGCGCCGCCGGCAGGCGGCGGCGCCCAGGCUGCGGGCAGCCCAAGCGGUGACGCCAGCCGCGGGCAACGGCCAUCCGGGCAGCUGCUACAGCAGCUACCGCCACUGCAGCCGACACGGCCGGCCCGGCCUCAGCACGCGCUGCUGAGGCCGCCGGCGCCGUCAUGUGCCGCUGGCUUGACACGGGCGUCUUCGGCCCCCGAGCCGCAGCGGCAACACGACUUCCCUGCUCUUGACGCUACAGCCGGCCCCACAGCCGGUGGCCCCUCAGCAGCCUGCGGCCCUUCAACAGCCUGCGGCCCCUCGGCUGCCGCGUCUCGUCCAGCCCGCUAUCGUAGGCAGUCGCAGCAGCAGCCGUCAGCGCGCGACGGUGCGGCCAAGUUGGGAACACGGACGGCGCCGGAGGUGGAGGCGGGUCCAGAACAGAAAGCAGAGGAGGGGCAGCAGGCGGAGGGGCCGCAGCCCGAGUGGCAGCCGCCGGAGGGGCAGCAGCCGGAGGGGCAGCAGCCGGAGGGGCAGCAGCAGCAGGGCGCCCCGAGCCGGUCUGACAGCUGGGCCAGCCUUAGCAGCAGCCUACCUGCGACCGCCCCGGUGCCCCCGCCGGCGUCGACAUCGGCGUCACCGCCCCCCAGGCCACUGGCACCAGCGGCUGCAGGGGCAGCGGCUGCAGGGGCAGCGGCUGGCGCGGCUGUGGGUGGGACAGGCGGCCACGACACGUCCGGCCGGCGCAGCUCAUCGGGUGACGCGGGUGGUGGCACGGCGGAGGCGGACUCCGAGCACCAAUGGAAGCAUGUGGACCCGGAUCCAGACCAGGACUCAGACCAGCAGCAGAAGCGACGGCGGCAGUCCCGGCGCCGCCGGCCGCGCCCCCCGCGCCCGGCGCCGCCGCCGCCGCCGCCGCCGCCGCCACUGCGCACCUUCCGUGUGCAUGCGGCCGUACUUGCCGCCACGUCAGACUACUUCCGAGCCCUGCUACAGAACUGGACGCCCUCCGCCUCAACCGCCUCAACCGCCUCAACCGCCUCAACCGCCGCCGCUCCUGCUGGCUCUGCCUCGGCGGCUGGGGCCGCGGCCCCUUCGGCGGCCGAGGGGGAUGAUGCCGCCUUCGGCAGUGGCAGCAGCAUGGCCGGCAGGACAGGAGGAGGAGGAGGAGGAGGAGCAGCAGGGGGAGGAGCAGGGGGAGGAGUCGGGGGCGCAGGGGCCGGCAGCAGCGGCGUGCUGACCAUGUAUGUGGGUCCUGACGAGGUGGAGUGCGCCGAGCUGAUGCUCAAAUUCAUGUACACGGGCCGGCUGCCGCCGGGCCUGGACCCGCCCCAGCUGCUGUCGCUGCUGCUGCUGGCAGACCAGUACUCGGUGGGCCGGCUGCUGGGCGCCGUGAACGCGGCCUUUGCGGGCCUGCCGCUGCCGGGUCUGUCGCUGUCGCAGCUGCUGCAGCUGUACCAACUGCCCGAGCUGCUGCACACCGGGGGACAGCUGGCGGGCGCGCUGUCGCGGCUGGUGGACAAGCUGGUGUCGGAGCUGGGUGACCUGGAGCUGGUGCUGGACUGCCCGGGGCGGCGGGGGCAGCUGGUGGGGCUGCCGUACGAGGCACUGCGGCUGCUGCUGCAGAGUCCCGAGGUGCGGUGCUGGAAUGAGAACACAGUGGUGGCGGCGCUGGUGGAGUGGGGCGCGGGCCCCGUGGGUCACGCCGCCAGCCCUGAGCAGCGGCGGCAGCUGGCGGGCUGUGUGCGGCUGCAGCAUUGCACCCACUCCUAUCUGGCCUACGUCAUUCCACAGGUGCCCUGGCUGGUGUCGGCUCUGGACCCGUGCCGCCUACUGCUAGCGAUGGCCUGGGCUCGCGCCGACCCCUCCAGCCGAGACGUGUACACCGCAGAGCGCUUCUUCGAAACCACCACCUCCCCCGCGGCACAGCAGCUACAGCUGCAGCAGGCGCAGCAGCAGGCCGCGCAGCAGCAGCACGCGGCUGCAGCACUGGCGGGAGGGGCGGGAGGAGGGCCGGCAGUAGCAGGGGCGACGGCUGUAGCGGCGGGCGGUGCGGAGGUGGAGGCUGCAAUGGGGCUGGCCGCCGCCGGAUCCAGCAGCGGCGGCGGCGGUGCUGGCGGCGGCAUGACCGGUAUCUCCGGCCCCAGCACUGGCGGCGGCGGCGCCACGGCUGUCGACUUUGCGGCGGCGCCGCCGCCGCCGCCGCAGCUGCUGCCUGUGUUUGUGUCGCGGGCUCGGCCUCUGUCGCAGCGUGUCACGUUUGACUGGUCCAUCGACUUCGCCACACUGCAGCAGCUGUAUGCGGACUCCAGGGCCACGCGCUCACUGCAGGUGGUCACCAGCGAGCCCGCCUUCUUCGGCGGCUUCCACUGGUGGCUGCGGUACGACCUGGACGCAUCGCAGCCGCCCGAGUACCGCGAGCACAUGGGUCUGGCCUGCAACGUGCGGCUGGCGGGGCGCAAACACAACCUGCCCUGCGUCAAGGUCAAGGCCAGCGUGUGCGCCCGACAGGAUGCGGGGGUGCUGGGGGAGGGCAGCUACAGCCUGCGCAAGAGCUUCAGCUACCACGUGAUGAACGCCUGCCCGGUGGGGCUGUGGGGCUUCUUCGGCCUCACGCCCGACAGAGGCGAGGAGGGCUGGCGGCGCUUCGUGUUCGAGGGCCGCGUUUGGCUGAGGUGUACCAUAGAGGAGUGCCACUAGCACCACCCGCUGCAACUACCGCAGGAAGAUGGCGGAGAGCGCGGAAUAGCGGAUCCGGCGGAAGGCACGCAGCCAAUGUUUCACGCGAGGCCUCUGCGCAACAUGGCCGCGUGUGCCGGCAUGUGCAGUGCAUCGGUGCAGAUGACUCCAGAGUUGCCAUACGACGCAUGCCGCAUCAGAUGCAAUUGAGCAAAUGCCGACUGCCGACUGUCGCAUGGUCAGUUUUCGAGGGGGGGGGGGCUUUCUGCCAAGGGCUGUGAGUGCUGUGAGGCUUGGAGGCUAGAGCUUAGCAAGAAAUUGACAACAAAGUGGCCCUCCAUUUCAAGGAAAACAUGGGAUGCGCCCACGCCACGUUAGUGCGUGUCUGAGGCUGAACGUUUUAGAACUAAAAU